AUGCAUUUCACAGCACCAGCCAUUUUUGGAGUGUUGCUCACUGUCUCCGCCCACACAGUACCAUACGGGCUGGUGGAACGUGGGAACCAAUUGUCAUCGCCCCCAGAGCCUGAGCCCAUUGAGGUAAUCGAGCUUCCACUGCCUCCAGUAACUACCAACGAGACCGAGGGUGGCUGUACACUUUCAGUCAAUCCGCAUGGGACUGGUUGUAUAAGUCAAACCACUUUCACUCUUCUGGGCGGGAACUUUCUUCCAGAUGGCGAUCAUGUCACAGUUUCCUUGGAGUUCGUUGGAGCCCCGGCUGCUCCAGACCCGUCCAGCAUCUAUACUGGCCUCAAUUUGAUUAUUGUUCGUGCGAAUGGCACGUUGUUCCCCAAUGGCGAUGCAUGGAAGUGUAUCACUUGUGGGGUACCGGAGGACCAACAAUACGGUAUGACCUCGACCAUGGACUACCAGUAUCCCCAGGCAUUCACCGACGGUACUCGCGUUCUUGUGGGAAGUCAUAUCGUUGAUUGUGGUACCGCACAGCUCGCUAGUACUGAGUGUACACCGGAAAAGGUCCAUAUCUAUCCGAUCCGGUGGAACACUUCGCCGGAUGGUUCCGGAGAUGGAGGAGCUAUCCGUGAGCUACGAAAGCAUCCCGAUGACGUUCAUCUACUCUUCAAUUCUAUGUCUCUCACAGGUCCUACGGUGACGCAGUUUGCUUAUUUUGCACGAUUGGUAUUCAACCCUGCACCCACCACCGGAACACCGCUCACGCCACGAUACGAUCUGGUCAAUGUGACUGGACUGUAUGAACCGGGGGGCACGUCUUUCUUUUUCACAAACGGGAGUACCUUGAGCCUCAAUCCGCAGUCCAUCUCUGUUGGAGAAGCACGGGGCCUGAGCGGACUAGGUGACGAGGUCACUUACGUCGGAUUCCCUGUUGAAUCCUGCAACAUUGACAUUUUCGGGAUCAACCUGCAAACCGGGAAAGUUAAUCGGGUGACAUACGGUCCAGAAUAUGUCGAUCCCAUCGACACCUCCCCAGAUGGUAGAUGGGAUGUCAUAAUGGACAGCACAACUACCAAUCGACUCAUGUUCGUGGCGGGGAUGCGGGGCGUACCACCUCUCAUCGAUACACUUGUCACCGCCGCCAUCUCAUCCAUCCGAAACAAUGGACAACGGCGAUUCUUUCAGCCGUGGAUUUUCGACCGAGAAGUUGCCCCCUAUUCAGAGGAUAGCGGCUACUAUACAGGCCAGAAGGUAAAUGGCGCUGGCGAGGGCAGUCCGGGUAGCGUGAAUGAUCCUUUCUGGAAUGGAGCUGCCGAUCCUCGAUGGUCACUAGAUGGUACGAAGAUUACGUACUUCGAACUCCUGAAUGUAGCCCCGGAUUGCGGCGGAUCCAAUCCCCUACCGUGUCCCAAGUCCACUGCCCCCGGUGGGCGAAAUGUGCGGGUCAUGCUGGCAACCCUCACAAGCCGCAAGCCCCUUCCGAUAGUUGCCGUGGAUCCAGUCUCUGAUGAGGUGCCCUGGGGUACACCGUAUGUCCCAGGCGCAACUCCUCCAGAAACCAUUCUACCAUUUGGAAACUACACUUUAACUGGCCAAGUGAGCGGCUAUGCCAAUGUUACCUUAACACCCGACAGUGCUGGGACUACACUUGAAACAGUCGAGGCCACGUAUCACAACUACUCCGAUGAUGGCCUCAACUUCAUCACAGGCAAGGAGAAGGUGACGACUCUUCAUCCCAAUUCUACCCUGAUUCAUGUGGAUUGGUUCUCGGACCUGUCCUCCACCGGAAUUAGCAACAGUACAAAGGUCACUGGCCCUGGCGGACUCCAGUUCGAGGUCGACGUUCAAUUGAACAAGUAUUACGGAAAUGGCACUUUAACCACUACCGUUGAUGGCGUGGUCUACACACAGCCUGACAAUGGAGCUUAA